AUGUGCUCAGAUGCUGGUUCUAUCCAGACGAAAGAAGGGCUUGAUGAAAUACAGAAGCCAUAUUCAGCCUUUUCACCUGGACGAAUAUUACUUAUUGUGUUUAUCUCCUCCGCUGCCGGUAUGCUUUCUCCAUUAUCGGCAAACAUCUACUUUCCUGCAUUGAACGAUAUUAAAACGGACUUUGGAAUAAAAUCAGAGCUUGUCAAUUUGACAGUUACACUCUACAUGGUCUGUCAGGGUAUAUCCCCAGCCUUUUGGGGAUCUCUAGCUGAUGUCUGGGGAAGACGCCCUGUAUAUAUAAUGACUCUUGUUAUAUAUCUCGGUGCGUGUGCUGGACUUGCAGAAUCCAAAACCUAUUGGUUACUAUUGGUACUACGAAUGUUACAGGCAUUUGGAUCAAGUUCUGUUGUUGCAAUUGGUGCUGGUGUAAUAUCAGAUAUCUCUGACUCUGCUAGACGUGGGACCUAUUUUGGCAUCUACUCUACUGGACAGUUCAUGGCACCGGUAAUAGGACCAGUAAUAGGCGGAAUUGUAUCAGAAACAAUAUCAUGGAGGUUUAAUUUUUGGAUUUUGUUUAUCAUCGGAGCUAUCGUUUUUUCCCUUAUCCUCUUCUUAAUCCCCGAGACUCUUCGUGCAUUAGUAGGGGAUGGAUCUGGCUAUGCAAAUCCCACCCCAAUCCAAUGGUUAAACCACCACCGCCAUAAAAAAGCUGCACAAGGCAAAUACGAGGACCAGUCCAUUUCAAAUAUCAAAAGCACAAGCCAGUUCCGAACAAUCCCUAAUUUCACCUUACCAUUUCAUUACCUCCUUGAAGUCGAUGUUUUCCUAGCCUUACUCUACAAUGCCUUGCACUACUCAGUAUUGUAUUGCUUUCUUACGUCGACACCAUCUAUUUUUAAAGAAUAUUAUGGUCUCAGUGAAAUACAAGUUGGUCUUUGUUUCCUUUGUCAAGGUAUUGGCUCUCUUAUUGGGUCAUUAUCAAAUGGAAAACUUCUCGAUCGUGAUUUCCGAUAUCUUUGUCAGAAACUUGGACUAUUGGCCGAGAAAGAUCCAGUUACAGGCAGCAUUUCAACUGCCUUUCCAAUUUAUUACGUUCGACUUCGUAUGCUGUGGAUAUAUGCAGGUCUCACUCAGACUGUAACUAUUAUCUACGGCUGGUGUAUUCAUAUCAACGCUCCGUUGGGCGCAAUUCUAUUUCUUCAGUUCAUUGUUGGAAUCUCAGUUACCAGUAUUAUGACCACGUUCCAAACUCUCUUGGUUGAUCUGUUUCCUGGUAAAGGUGCUUCCAUUACUGCCUCAAACAAUCUUGUGCGAUGCAUACUUGGUGCGAUUGCCACCGUUGCAAUUGAUCCAGGGAUCCAAGGAAUUGGUACCGGAUGGAUGUUUACUAUUCUUGGACUUAUUCUUGUGGUCUCGAACACCAUUGUUAUCAUUCUUAUCCGAUAUGGUUCGCGGUGGAGAAAGCUGCGCUUCAAGAAAACUACAACCUUAUAG